AUGGAAGGGAACACUAGGGCAUUGACUAUUGUUUAUCUCUCUAGCAGCAUAAGAAAGCGCUCCCCACACACACAUUGGUUCUCCCUGGAGGCCCCGGCCUGUGACCUUGUAACAUCAUCGGGGGGCCUGACCAGGCAAAGAGGCGGAGCGCGCUGGGCGGGCGGUGGUGCGCUCUCUGCUCCUCCCUGCCUGGGAGGAGCAGCUGAUUCCGAACCCCACUCGGUGCUGAGCAGAGCUGCAGGCCCAGGGCUUCCAGAACUUCCCAUUUUUCACAAGAUGCUCCAUGUCACCGUUUUUAAAUGUCAGAUUAUACUUUUAAUGCUGUGUCAGUCCAAACACACCUGUGAAGCAAAGCAGUCCACAGGCUACCACUUUGUGACCUUGGCCACCACUCAUUCUCAUCAUCUAUUGCUUUUACCGUCAAGUGUGAAACCUAAAAGUGGGUACCUCAUUAAACUUGCCAGGGAACUGUAUAUAUAUUUGGUUAAAUAUCCGGUGUUUCUCUGUGAGGUUUCUUGA